GAUUUGCCAGGCUGAAAUGCAAAGGAAAGGGGGGUGUCAGAGGGGGGCUUGCAAGUCCCCUUCCUGUUCCUGGAGGGGCGGAGAAAGGGGCAGGUUGGAAAGGGGUUUGGAGAAAGAGACAAGGGGGUGUUCUUUGGAGUAUUGGGAGUCCUGCUCAAAAGAGAACUUGAAUCCUGCAAGCACAGAUUUCCUGAGCAACCCAAAGCAGAACCUGGUUGGAUGUAUAUCAGAUCUACCUCCCUGUUGUGCUUCCAAAACAGAAGGUAACAAAAACCUCACAGUGGCGCGAGGUCAAGGCCUCUUUGACCUCCGAGAGAGAGAAGAAAUGGCCUCGAAAGAGGAAGAAGAAGAGGCGGCCAUGCCCUUGGCUCCCCAUGGAUAUGUUCCGGUCGAGAAGACAGUGGACCAGCAACACCCCACAGAUUCCUUGGGGCAUGGAGAUGCUUCAGAGGACAUGGAAAUUGUGAGCAACCAUGUGGUGAAAAAUGAGGACAUGGCUGAGCAUGCGGCCAAGGCUGCGGGGACAUCGGUAGCAUCUUGUCCGGAACUGAAGCGCCCGCACCUCCCAGACACUCCGCAUUGGGACGAUAUAUUCCUGACGCCCGUUGAGAAGGCAGUCAUUAGCCAUCCAGGGAAAUGGAUAUCUCGUCUCCUCCCAGGCCUUAAGGAGGAAGGGCAGAGGCUAUUUGAGGAGCGGGAGGUAGGGGACUACGGGAAGGUGAAGGCGGCUAUCUUGAGGGUCGACGCCAUCAGCACCGAGGUCCAGCGGCAGCACUUCCGGCUGUUUCAAUACAAGGAGGCCGAUGGGCCCGGCGAGGCAUGCAGCCGGCUCUGGUUCCUUUGCCACCGGUGGCUGAAGCCCGAGCGGCACACCAAGGAGCAGAUCCUGGAGCUGUUGAUCCUGGAGCAGUUCCUGGCCAUCCUUCCCCUGGAGAUCCAGAGCUGGGUCAAAGAUGGCUGUCCGGAGACCUGUGCCCAAGCGGUGACUUUGGCGGAAGAGUUUCUGCUGAAGCCACGAAAGGCGGAGAAGCCAACACAGCAGGUGCCAGGAUUACUUGAAGAGCCAGCCGGGAGCUCUCCUGAAUCAGCCAGAGCGCCGUUGGAAGCCAACCAAGAAGAGGAACACCAAGAGGUCAAGCAAGAGACCAUUAUGGAUGGCAUCUCCAUGGCUCAGCUCUGUAUGAGCGCAAAAAAUGUGGAGAGUCCCCAGCUCCAAAAAGGCAAACAUGAGGAACUCUGUGGAGUGCCUGAAGGAGCCGCUGAAGAAAAGUUUCCUUUCUUUGAUGAGCAGAAAGAUGGGUUUGAAAGUCAACCAAGAGCAGAGAAACAACAUCCCAAGAAGCCCCCAAGGAAGAAGGCCCCCAAAUUGGUUCCCUUGGUGGGUGCCUCCAAAGAUCUCACUCUAACCACAAAAGAGAAGGAAACGAACAAUGGUGAGGCAUCCGUGAAAGUUGUAGUUUGCGAAGAAACUGUCAGUCAGGGUUCAGAUUCAGCAGGAGAGAAGAUUCACCGGUGUUCGGUGUGUGGCAAGUGUUUCAGUCUCCGGUCGCGCCUUAUCGUCCACGAGCGAACCCACACUGGGGAGAAGCCCUAUACAUGCGCCGAGUGUGGGAGAAGCUUCAGUGUGAGUUCGAGCCUGAUCGCGCAUAGGAGAACUCACACGGGAGAGAAGCCCUAUAAGUGUACGCACUGUGCCAAAAGCUUCAGCGUGAAGUCAGGCUUGAUCGCCCACGAACGGACCCACACUGGGGAGAAGCCCUAUAAGUGCUUGUAUUGCAGCAAGAGCUUCCGCCGCAAUUCGGGUCUGGUGAGCCAUCAGAGAAUCCACACCGGGGACAAACCCUACCAAUGCUCAGUGUGCGAGAAAAGCUUCAGUGACAUCUCCAACCUCAUCACGCAUCACAGGAUCCACACCGGGGAGAAACCCUACAAAUGCCUGGAGUGUGGGAAGAGCUUCAGCCAGAGUUCGUACCUCAACAGCCACCAGAGGAUCCACACCGGGGAAAAGCCCUAUGAGUGCUCCGAAUGUGGCAAGACCUUCAGCGUCAGCUCCCGCCUCCGGAAACAUCAGCGGAGCCACACAGGGGAGAGGCCGUUUAUAUGUUUGGACUGCGGGAAAACCUUUAGUGAAAGCUCGGAUCUCCUCGCUCACGAGAGGGCGCACACCGGGGAGAAACCCUAUCGGUGUUCGUUCUGCGGGAAGAGCUUCUUGCGUAGUUCGGAGGUGGUCAGCCAUGAGAGGAUCCACACUGGGGAGAAACCGUAUCAUUGCGGGGAGUGCGGGAAAAGCUUCAGCGUGAGCUCGCGUCUCAGCGCCCACCGGAGGAUCCACACCGGGGAGAAGCCCUUCCAGUGCAUGGUGUGCGAGAGGAGCUUCAGUUACAAAUCCCACCUCAUUACGCACCAGAGGAUACACACUGGUGAGAAGCCCUUCCAGUGCUCGGUUUGUGGGAAAAGUUUCCGCGGGAGCUCCAGCCUAGUUGCUCACGAGAGGACACACACCGGCGAGAAGCCGUACAGGUGUUUGGACUGCGGGAAAAGCUUCACUCAAAGCUCAAACCUUAUUAGUCAUCAGAGAAUCCACGGAGAAGGGAAUUCCUGAAAAUGAACUUCCAGAGGUUACCAUAUAUACAGUAGAGCAGAUAUGGGCAGACCCAGGCCCGCGGGCCGGAUGCAGCCCCUUGGCCUCUUUUCUCAGACCUGCCUCUCUCACACCAUCCUAUCCUUCCUUCCUUCUCACUUUCCUUCCUCCUUCCUUCCCUUUCUCCUUCCAUCCUUUCAUCCUUCCU